UGUCCGCCUUUAACUGCUUCCCCGCCACCGCCAAACUUUGCCUGGGCACUGGGACCGUGGGUGGCUGCCUGCCUCUAGCUGCGGCUGAGCCUAGGCUGCACCUGUGAGAAGGCCCAGCAGGCAGAAUGGGUGACAUGGCCAACAGUUCCAUCGAGUUCCACCCCAAGCCCCAGCAGCGAGAUGCCCCCCACGCAGGUGGCUUUGGGUGCACGUUGGCAGAGCUGCGCUCCCUCAUGGAGCUUCGAGGGGCUGAGGCGCUGCAGAAGAUCCAGGAAGCCUAUGGGGACGUCAGCGGGCUCUGUAGGAGGCUGAAGACCUCGCCCACGGAGGGCCUGGCAGACAACACCAAUGACUUGGAAAAGCGCAGGCAGAUCUACGGACAGAACUUCAUCCCCCCCAAGCAACCCAAGACCUUCCUGCAGCUGGUGUGGGAAGCCCUGCAGGACGUGACCCUCAUCAUCCUGGAGGUGGCCGCCAUUGUCUCUCUGGGCCUCUCGUUCUAUGCGCCGCCCGGAGAGGAGAGCGAAGCGUGUGGGAAUGUGUCAGGCGGGGCAGAAGACGAAGGCGAGGCCGAGGCCGGCUGGAUCGAAGGGGCCGCCAUUCUGCUGUCCGUCAUCUGCGUGGUGCUGGUCACAGCUUUCAAUGACUGGAGCAAAGAGAAGCAGUUCCGAGGCCUGCAGAGCCGAAUCGAGCAGGAGCAGAAGUUCACGGUCAUCCGGAACGGGCAGCUCCUCCAGGUCCCCGUGGCCGCGCUGGUGGUGGGGGACAUUGCCCAGGUCAAGUACGGAGACCUGCUGCCUGCCGAUGGCGUGCUUAUCCAGGGCAACGACCUCAAGAUUGAUGAGAGCUCCCUGACAGGCGAGUCAGAUCACGUGCGCAAGUCAGCCGACAAAGACCCCAUGCUGCUCUCAGGCACUCAUGUCAUGGAAGGUUCUGGAAGAAUGGUGGUGACCGCUGUUGGUGUGAACUCUCAGACAGGCAUCAUCUUCACGUUGCUUGGAGCUGGCGGUGAGGAGGAAGAGAAGAAGGAUAAGAAAGGCAAGCAGCAGGAUGGGGCGAUGGAGAGUAGCCAGACCAAAGCUAAGAAGCAAGAUGGGGCAGUUGCCAUGGAAAUGCAGCCCCUGAAGAGCGCGGAGGGCGGGGAGAUGGAGGAGCGGGAGAAGAAGAAAGCCAAUGUGCCCAAGAAGGAGAAGUCAGUCCUUCAGGGGAAGCUCACGAAACUGGCCGUGCAGAUCGGGAAGGCAGGGCUGGUGAUGUCUGCCAUCACUGUCAUCAUCCUGGUCCUCUACUUUGUGAUCGAGACCUUUGUCGUGGACGGCCGGACGUGGCAGGCGGAGUGCACGCCCGUCUACGUGCAGUACUUUGUGAAGUUCUUCAUCAUCGGCGUCACCGUGUUGGUCGUGGCUGUCCCGGAAGGCCUGCCUCUUGCUGUCACCAUCUCCUUAGCUUACUCUGUCAAGAAAAUGAUGAAAGACAACAACCUCGUACGCCACCUGGAUGCCUGCGAGACCAUGGGCAAUGCCACGGCCAUCUGCUCAGACAAGACGGGCACGCUUACCACCAACCGCAUGACCGUGGUCCAGUCCUACCUAGGAGACACCCACUACAAAGAGGUUCCGGCCCCCAGCGCCCUGACGCCCAAGAUUCUCGACCUCCUGGUCCAUGCCAUCUCCAUCAACAGUGCCUACACCACCAAAAUACUACCUCCAGAGAAGGAAGGAGCCCUCCCACGCCAAGUGGGCAACAAGACAGAGUGCGCGCUGCUGGGCUUCGUCCUGGACCUGAAGCGGGACUUCCAGCCAGUGCGGGAGCAGGUCCCGGAAGACAAGCUGUACAAAGUGUACACCUUCAACUCAGUCCGCAAGUCCAUGAGCACGGUCAUCCGCAGGCCCGAUGGCGGCUUCCGCCUCUUCAGCAAGGGUGCCUCGGAGAUCCUGCUCAAAAAGUGCACGAACAUCUUAAACAGUAAUGGUGAACUCCGAGGCUUUCGCCCUCGGGACCGGGACGACAUGGUGAAGAAGAUCAUCGAGCCGAUGGCUUGCGAUGGCCUCCGCACCAUCUGCAUUGCAUACCGGGACUUCUCCACCAGCCAGGAGCCUGACUGGGACAACGAGAAUGAGGUGGUGGGCGACCUCACCUGCAUAGCUGUCGUGGGCAUUGAGGACCCUGUGCGGCCUGAGGUCCCUGAAGCUAUCCGAAAAUGCCAGCGUGCUGGCAUCACGGUCCGCAUGGUGACUGGGGACAACAUCAACACGGCCCGGGCCAUCGCAGCCAAGUGUGGCAUUAUCCAGCCCGGGGAGGACUUCCUAUGCCUGGAGGGGAAGGAGUUCAACCGGCGGAUCCGCAACGAGAAAGGCGAGAUAGAACAGGAGCGGCUGGACAAGGUGUGGCCCAAGCUGAGGGUGCUGGCCCGGUCAUCUCCCACCGACAAGCACACUCUGGUCAAAGGGAUUAUCGACAGCACCACCGGCGAGCAGCGGCAGGUGGUGGCCGUGACCGGGGAUGGCACCAACGAUGGGCCGGCCCUCAAGAAGGCAGACGUGGGCUUUGCCAUGGGCAUUGCAGGAACUGACGUGGCCAAGGAGGCCUCUGACAUCAUCCUGACUGAUGACAACUUCACCAGCAUCGUCAAGGCAGUCAUGUGGGGCCGUAACGUCUAUGACAGCAUCUCCAAGUUCCUGCAGUUCCAGCUGACGGUCAACGUGGUGGCCGUGAUCGUGGCCUUCACAGGCGCCUGUAUUACUCAGGACUCUCCUCUCAAAGCUGUGCAGAUGUUGUGGGUGAACUUGAUCAUGGACACGUUCGCCUCGCUGGCGCUGGCAACGGAGCCGCCCACCGAGUCGCUGCUGCUGCGGAAGCCGUACGGCCGAGACAAGCCACUUAUCUCACGCACCAUGAUGAAGAACAUUCUGGGCCACGCCGUGUACCAGCUCACCAUCAUCUUCACCCUGCUCUUUGUGGGGGAGCUGCUCUUCGACAUUGACAGCGGGAGGAACGCACCCCUGCACUCCCCGCCAUCGGAGCACUAUACCAUCAUCUUCAACACCUUCGUGAUGAUGCAGCUGUUCAACGAGAUCAAUGCGCGCAAGAUCCACGGCGAGAGGAACGUCUUCGACGGCAUCUUCAGCAACCCCAUCUUCUGCACCAUCGUCCUGGGCACCUUUGGGAUUCAGAUUGUCAUCGUCCAGUUCGGCGGCAAGCCCUUCAGCUGCUCCCCCCUGUCCACAGAACAGUGGCUCUGGUGCCUGUUUGUUGGUGUUGGGGAGCUGGUCUGGGGACAGGUCAUCGCCACCAUCCCCACCAGCCAGCUCAAGUGCCUGAAGGAAGCAGGGCAUGGGCCUGGGAAGGAUGAGAUGACGGAUGAGGAGCUGGCCGAGGGAGAGGAGGAGAUCGACCACGCAGAGCGGGAGCUUCGCCGGGGCCAGAUCCUCUGGUUCCGGGGCCUCAACCGGAUCCAGACGCAGAUGGAGGUAGUGAGUACCUUCAAGAGAAGCGGUUCAUUUCAGGGUGCCGUGCGCCGGCGGUCUUCGGUCCUCAGCCAGCUCCAUGACGUAACCAAUCUUUCUACCCCUACUCACGUAAUUCUCUCUGCUGCCAAUCCCGCCAGUGCUGCUGGGAAUCCGGGUGGUGAAAGCAUUCCGUAGCUCGCUCUAUGAAGGCCUGGAGAAACCAGAGUCCAAGACCUCCAUCCAUAACUUCAUGGCAACGCCCGAGUUUCUGAUCAAUGACUACACCCACAACAUCCCGCUCAUCGAUGACACGGACGUGGAUGAGAACGAGGAGCGCCUGCGGGCUCCCCCGCCCCCAUCCCCCAAUCAAAACAACAAUGCCAUAGACAGCGGCAUCUACCUGACCACGCAUGUCACCAAGUCAGCUACCUCUUCAGCGUUUUCUUCUGGUCCCGGGAGCCCGCUCCACAGCGUGGAGACGUCCCUCUAACCAGAACUUGUCUUGGCACACGCACACGCACACGCACACUCGGACUCACACGCAGUCCCAUGCACACACGCACGCACACACAGAGGGGACCUGCACACCCGCGGAAGAGGGGAGUGACUGGGGUGGCUGCAAGAAGCCGAAUCCAUUCGAUAAGGGCGCAGCCCGCCCCAGGCUCCUCAUCUGGGACCGAGGAGGUGGGGGAGGGGGAGGAGGGAGGAGGAGGAGGAAGAGGGGAGCCAGAGGAGAAGGGGGAG